CACCCCCUCACUCGAGGUGCGCACGCACGCACACACCACAUUAGCCACUCAACCGUUGAACCCAUCUUCACGCUCACACGCAUCAUCCCGAACUCGCAGCCGCACACCCACACCCACGCACGUCCCCGCCACCGCCCAUCAUGGCAAUCUCCAAGAAAGCGGGUGGGAAAAAGGCAGGUGGGGUCAGCAAGCCGCCGCCUUCCAAGGGAGGCGCUUCGAAGGGAGGCGGAGGAGUGGCCAAGGCGGAUUGGAGGGAAGGCUUCAAGAAGCCGCAAGUGGGCGUGAGCGACAUGACGCUCCUCUCAAAAGUAUCCAACGAAGCCGUCAAUGAUAAUCUGCACAAGCGAUUUCAAAAUGCAGAGAUUUACACGUACAUUGGCAAUGUGCUCAUCUCUGUCAAUCCUUUCAGAGACCUGGGCAUCUACGGCCAAGACACGCUCUCAUCCUAUCGAGGCAAAAACAGGUUGGAAAUGUCGCCGCACGUGUUUGCCAUUGCAGAGUCUGCUUAUUACAACAUGCAAGCAUACAAGGAGAAUCAGUGCGUCAUCAUCACCGGAGAGAGCGGCGCUGGAAAGACGGAAGCUGCAAAGCGCAUCAUGCAGUACAUUGCUGCCGUCAGUGCAGAGGGUGCGCGCGAUAUCCAAGACAUCAAGGAGAUGGUGCUGGCUACCAACCCGCUGCUCGAAAGCUUCGGAUGCGCAAAAACGCUUAGGAACAACAACUCGAGUAGGCACGGCAAGUUCUUGGAGAUCAUGCACGACGAGCAAGGCGCACCGACUGGAGCUUCGAUUCGAAACUUUUUGCUCGAAAAGAGCCGAGUGGUUGGGCAAAUCCGAGACGAGCGCAACUUUCACAUCUUUUACCAACUGACAAAGGGAGCCAACGACUCUCAGAGGGAAUACUUUGGCAUUCAAGGACCCGAAGCGUACGCAUAUACGAGCAAGUCGAAAUGUCUGGACGUGCAGGGCAUCAACGAUGUGGCCGAUUUCAACAGCACCCUAGACGCCAUGAACACCAUCGGACUGACGGGUGAGGAGCAAAAUGACAUAAUCCGCAUGCUCGCUUCCAUCCUCUGGCUGGGCAAUGCCGUCUUCAGGGAAAACGCGCAAGGCAAUGCGGAAAUAAGCGAUCCGGGCGUGCCAGACUUUGUGGCCUACUUGCUGGAGGUGGACUCUGCUGCAGUGACGAAAGCGCUGACGGAAAAGAUUGUCGAAACGCAAAGAGGCGUGGGCAGAAGAGGUUCCGUUUACGAGUCGCCUCUCAACCCCGCACAAGCUGGAGCUGUGCGAGAUGCUUUGGCAAAGGCCAUCUACAACAAUCUUUUCGAUUGGCUCGUGGCCAGAAUCAACACCAGUAUGGCCCCUCGUGGUGCAGUGUCCAACAUGAUUGGCAUUCUGGACAUCUACGGAUUCGAAAUCUUCGAGCAAAAUUCGUUUGAACAGUUGUGCAUCAACUUUGUCAACGAAAAGCUGCAGCAAAUCUUCAUCGCACUGGUGCUGCGCAAGGAGCAAGAAGAAUACGACGCCGAGCAAAUCCAAUGGAAGCCCAUUCCAUACUUUGACAACGCAAUCGUCUGCGAACUGAUAGAAGGCGUACGACCAAAGCCAGGAAUCUUUGCCACGCUCAACGACGCUGGUGCGACUGCGCAUGCAGACCCCGCUGCAGCAGACAACGCGUUUAUGCAAAGAGCAAGCGCGCUCACCUCGAAUCCGCGCUUUGAAGCUAGGGGAUCUCGCUUCACCAUCAGGCACUACGCUGGAGACGUGAGCUACACGAUAGGCGGUCUGGCCGAGAAGAACAGAGAUGCUCUUGCCAAGGACAUUCUCGACUUGGUCGACACAUCCAGCAACGGCUUUUUGAGAAAUCUCUUCUCUGAGCGCCCUGAUCCAAACAGCAAAAAGAGACCGCCUACUGCUGGUGACCGCAUCAAGGCUAGCGCCACCGACCUUGUCGACACUCUCAUGAAAGCCGAGCCGCACUAUAUUCGGACGAUCAAGCCAAACGAGACAAAAAGUCCAAAGGAUUAUGAUACAGCUCGCGUGCUCGAACAAGCCGUCUACCUCGCUCUUGCUGAAAAUAUUCGCGUCCGUCGCGCAGGGUUUGCAUACAGAUCCACUUUCGAGAGACUGGUCGAGCGCUUCUACCUGCUGUCGCCUGCCACUUCCUAUGCCGGCGAGUACACUUGGCAAGGGGACGCGCGGAGUGGUUGCGAGCGCAUCCUGACAGACACUGGCAUAGCCAACGAGGAAUGGCAAAUGGGCGUCACAAAGGCUUUCAUCAAGAGCCCCGAGACGCUAUUCGCUCUCGAAAAGAUGAGAACAGAGUACUGGAACAACAAGGCUCGCAUGAUUCAGAGGGCCUUUCGUAACUACAUGAGGUACAAGAACGAGUGUGCGCGGAGGAUUCAGCGCGUGUGGCGCACCCAAGCAUCGAGACUUGCCCUGGUGCAGCUACGAGAUUACGGUCACCAGAUGCUCGCGAGCCGAAAGGAGCGCAGACGUUUCAGCCUCAUCAGCAUGCGUCGAUUCACUGGUGAUUAUCUGGACGUCGGCGGCAGCAGCGCCGAGGGUGAGAUGCUCAAGAGGGCGUCGGGCAUGGCGAGCACCGAAGAUGUAGCUUUCUCUGCGCGCGUCCAUAUUCUCGUCUCCCGCCUCGGUCGAUCCAGCAAACCCUCGCCGCGCUUCUUUGUCCUGACGGACAAGGCGGCAUACUUUCUCGUCACUCAGCUUGUCAACAAACAGCCGCAAACGACGUGCGAAAGGCGCAUCGUGCUUGGCAGCAUCCAAUCCGUUGGGCUUUCCGCUCUUCGCGAUGACUGGAUCGUAUUCAACGUAUCCGGCACGCCGGAGCCCGAUCCCGUAUUUCACACGCACUUCAAGACCGAGCUCACCACGCACCUUUUGCAGCGCACCUCGGGUGCCGUCAAUGUGAUCGUAUCGAACGCGCUGGAGCACUCGACGGGCAAGGACAAGAAAAAGAUUGUCAAGUUUCAAAAGGAUGAGGCGGUGCAGCGAGAGGAUGUGUACAAGAGCUCUACUGUGACGGUCGCUUCAGGAGAGGCACCCAGCAGUCUGAGCAAGCCACCUGCCAAAAAGAAACCCGGCUUGGUCAGACCGAUCACGUCUGGCAAGCUGCUUCGAGCCGGCGGGCCAUCGAAUGCCAACCGCGUCGCCAAACCUCGCGCUGUGCCCAGGCCGACACCUACGCCAGCGACGCUUCCCAGCGGCAGGAAAGCGGCGGCGCCAGCUGCACCUGCUGGCAUUCCCACAACGAACGGCUCCUCGAACAGAGCCGCGGCCCCCAAACGCGCAUCGGUUGCUGCUCCACCACCCCCGCCCGCGGUACCAAAGUAUCUCGUCCUGUACGCCUUUGAUACGGAUCAGGAUGGAGAAAUGUCGCUCGCAAAGGAUGAAGAGGUGGAAGUGACGCAAAAGGAGGAGAAUGGUUGGUGGCUGGUCAAGAAGAAUGGCAUCGAGGGCUGGGCUCCUUCAAACUACCUCGAGCUGAUCAAGCAAGCUCCCAAGCCGAAAGCUGCCCCGCCUCCGGCGCCGCCGCCGACGAAAAGAGCGCCACCACCAGCCCCCGCGGCUGCAGGUACGACUUCGUCCGGCUUUGGUGCACCCAAGCCGGUCACGGCUGCUGCCAAACCCGCUUUCGCGAACGGUGCAGCGGCAGCAGCAGCAGCAGCACCCGCGCCCAAGCCCAAACCCACGACGAGCAAUGUGGGAAGCAUGAAACGCUCAGAGAUGCCAACGGCCAUGACGGCAGAUGCGGGCGCAGCGCCAGUAGCAGUGAUGCCCGGCAUGGGCGCACCCGGAGGAUUCGCAGCCGUCUUGGCCAAAAAGAAGGCCGAGGCCGCAGCAGCGCGAGGUGAAGCGCCUCCAGCUAGUGCAGCCGGCGGUGGUGGUGGCGGCAGCAGCAGCGGCGGCGGCGGCGGCGUCGGAAAAGGUCCACCGCCCGCACCUGGCGCAAAGCCAGGCAAACCUCCUGCUCCUCCCAAGCCUUCCGCUGCAGGAUCCGGUGGUGGUGCGAGGUUGCCGCCGCCUCCGCCUCGCAGGCCGUAAAUUGUUCAACGACUCGCCGGAUUCGCUGCAGCCCUGUAGAAACUUCUCUCUUCCUUUCCCCAUUCGCUUUCCAUCUUCUAACGAUGUACCUGUGCUUACAUGAGCGCGGGCGUGUAUGGCGUCACAAUUGAUCAGAUACACACAAAAAGAAUCACGUUGGCGCGGAUGCGGAGCAAUUACAACGCGCGUGCGCGA